AUGAACAUACUUAUAAUUAUCUUUCUCAUUUGUAAUGCAUAUCAUCAUUAGGGUACACUUCAAAUCAAUCAUACUCUUUCUUUAAAAACUAAUAUAACACAAAAUGCUCAAAGCAUAAUAAUUAACUUUAUAUUACCUUAUUAUAGAAACAGAGAUUAAACGGUGGCUUGCUUUUUAUCAAAUUUUGAUUUAGAAUUAUAGAUAUUAAAUAUUUAAGAUUUAAAAUUAAAAAAUGAAAAUGAUAUUGUUUAUGACUUACAUAGUAUAUAAUCAAAUAGCAAUACUUAGCUUAUAGAACACUUAUUAUUAAAUACAAUCUAUUUGUAUUGCUAAUCUUAAACUAUCAGUCAAAUUGAAUAUUAAUUAAUCUAUAAAGAAGAUGCCUAUAAACCAUGUUGCAUCAAUGAUUGUUAGGAUUAUAAUUACACAAAAUUUAUAAGUAAAUCUUAUUGUUUAAAUAAUCACUGUGAAUGUCAAACUAAUUAAAUUGGAUUCUUCUGUUAACUUUCUUCAAGUUAUAUAUUGAGUAGUACUUAAUAAGAAGUAAUAUUAGAUUCAUUUUAAUGGAAAUUCUUUUAUGAUUAAUAUAAUAAUAUUAUGGAUUUGCUAUUAUUAUGCAACCUCUCAAUUGAAGAUAAAUCUGUAUGUAAAUUUGUAUUAAUCUAUAUUAAGUAUAUAGUAUUACAUUAAGAUAAAUUCCUUAAUUAGAAAUUCCUAAUUUGUCUAUGAGUAAAAUCUUAGUUAAUGGUACUUCUUUAUAUAUUGAGCUUUCCAAAUUAAUAGAAAAUUCAAAUGGAAGUAAAAUCUUUUACAUAGGAUAAUAUAAUAAUAAGUCAUAACAAUAAUAAUUAAAAAUUACAAUAGUAUCAAAUAAAUCAUUAGAUUAUGAAUAACUUGAAAGAAAUACAAUAAUAACUAUUAUUUAUAAUAACUUGUAUUUUAAGUUAUAUCAAAUCUAAAAAAUUACAAGUCUAAUAAUAAAUUGGUCGUGUAAGGUAAAUGAGGAUUGAGGAAAAUAAUUAAGUCUAAAUAGAUGUGCCUAAAUAAUCUAUAUAUUAGGAUUUAGUUAAAAAUUUAUCAAAUAGUAUUUUGGUGUGAUUUCAUAUAAAAAACUUGUAUAAUAAUAUCCUGGGUUAAAACAAUUUGAAGAUUGCAUAAUAUGUUUAGAAUCUAUAAAAAAUGGAUCUAAAAAAUAAUUAAGACAUUGUUCAGUUACUCUUUGUUUCCAUAUUUUUCAUUAGAAAUGCUUAACUUCAUGGUUACAAAAAUAAUAAAAUUGUCCAUUUUGUAGAGAAGAAUUUACAAUUAGACUGAUUCUAAAUAAAUAUCCUUGGCUUGAUUUAAAGUAAUAAAGAUUAAAUAAUCCAAUUUAAUUAUAAUCUAAAUAUAAAUAGAAUAUGAAAUAUAGUUCAAAUACGGAUCAAUCAUAAGAUAAUUAAUUAAAUGAUAGUUAAUAAGAAUUAGUAAGAAAAGAUAAAAUAAUUUUAGAGAUAUGA